AGGAAGCAGAAAGAAAAGAUGGGUGGAAAAUUGAUGACUCUGAAAGUGUUGGUAGGGAUGAUAAUGGUGGUGAAGGUGGCUUCACAUGAUUAUGGAGAUGCAUUGUCAAAGAGCAUUUUGUUCUUUGAAGGCCAGAGGUCAGGGAAAAUACCCUCCACACAAAGGAUGACUUGGAGAAAAGAUUCUGCUCUUUAUGAUGGCUCCGAUGUUGGUCUAGACUUGGUAGGUGGUUACUACGACGCCGGAGACAACGUAAAAUUCAAUUUUCCGAUGGCUUUCACUACAACAAUGCUGGCAUGGAGCAUCUUAGAGUUUGGUGAUCAGAUGGGCGCAGAUAAACGAUACGCUUUAGAUGCUCUGAAAUGGGGCACAGACUAUUUUCUGAAGGCCACUAGUGUCCCUGGAAAAGUGGCAGCCCAAGUUGGCCACCCCAUUGGCGACCACAACUGCUGGGAGAGACCAGAAGAUAUGGAUACCCCCAGAACCUCCUAUGUUGUUAAUACAACACACCCCGGCUCAGAAGUUUCUGCUGAAAUCGCCGCUGCCCUUGCAGCCUCUUCCAUGGUUUUCAAGUCCGUUGAUGGUGUCUACUCUACAUUGCUUCUCCAGAGAGCAUCUCAGGUUUAUGAAUUUGCACAGAAGUUUCAGGGCUCUUAUAAUCCCAGUGUUGGUGAAGGAGUCUGCCCUUUUUACUGCGAUUACAAUGGCUACAUGGAUGAACUGAUCUGGGGAGCAGCUUGGUUAUUCAAAGCGACAGGGUUAGAAACUUACUGGAACUAUGUUGUGCAAAAUAAUCAAAUCCUGGACAAUUAUGAAUUCGGAUGGGAUUCAAAGAACGCUGGAAUCAACAUACUUGUCUCUCAGUGUGUGAUGAACAACCCCAAUGCCAAUCCUUUUGUUUCCAACGCAGAUAAAUUUGUUUGUUCUGUGCUGCCUGAAUCACCCACCAAAUCCGUCACAUAUUCUCCAGGUGGGCUAUUGUUCAAACCAGGAGGAAGCAACACACAACACGUUACAGCCAUUUCUUUUCUUCUUCUUGUAUACUCGAACUACUUGAAAGCGGCAAAUAAUAGACAGGUUCAAUGUGGCAACAACGCUCCCACUCCUCCAUCCAGGCUUGUUGAUGUAGCAAAAAGCCAGGUUGAUUAUAUUUUAGGAAGCAACCCAAUGAAGAUGUCUUACAUGGUGGGAUAUGGGCGAAAGUUUCCUGUAAAAAUACAUCAUCGAGGGUCUUGCAUGCCUUCCAUUGAUGCACAUCCGCGGCACAUAACAUGUAAAGGUGGGACAUAUUUCUUUGAAAUGAAAUAUCGAAACUACAACAUGCUUACAGGGGCCAUUGUUGGAGGGCCUGAUGAAAAUGAUCUGUACAUAGACGACCGGAAUCGUCCUCCUCAAUCAGAACCCACCACUUAUAUCAAUGCACCAUUUGUUGGUGUAUUGGCUUACUUCAAAAGUAAUUCAUAGUUGGAACUUGGAAACUCACAUUUGAUUCUAAUUAUACUUAGUAUAAUAUGUAAUAAAAUUCCAGAAUUUGACUUGAAAAGAAGGGAGGUUUCAAGCCUGAAAAAGUUUCGAUUAUCAAAUAAGUAGUCAGAA